AUGAUCAAAACCUUUGGUUCCGCGUCAGAACCUACUCAAAAUUGUGAUAUUGUUUCAUUAUCUGUGGGAAAUGAUUAUGACAAUGCUAUAAAUCUCAAGGCUGAUGUGGUUCCAACUAUUUGUGUACCAAUCAGCAAUCAAGCAACCCUUGCUGUCCAGUCAACAUAUGAUCACCUUCGUGGACUACGCCUUGCGAACUGUGAUGAGACGAACAAUGAAUUUGAAGUAGACAUGUUGAUUGGUUUGUAUCAGUAAGCCUCAGCAAGGUCGGAUGGUCCUUCGUUGAACAAUUGCCUCUAUACCGGCCUAUCGCUAGCCCAAAACAUCCUCGAUAUAUUGUUGAGAUUCCAAACCCGUAAAGCCGCAUUAGUCGGGGACAUCGAGACUGCAUUUCUCAUGAUAUCCACCGCCCCAGAGGAUAGAGACGCCCUACGACGCCCUACGAUAUUACAAGCGAAAGACCAAAAAUUAUUGUGCUUAGAUUCACCCGCGUUGUGUUUGGUGUGUUUUCCAGUCCAUUUCCUACCUUAUUCAUUCCACCGACUCUAUUCUUAAAGCAAUUGACCAGAAGAAAGUAACAGCAGUUAUUCUUUUGGACAUGAGCAAAGCUUUUGACAGCAUUAACCAUAAUAUACUGUUUGCUAAAUUGGAGGACGUUGGUGUCUCGUCUAGAUGCCUGGGUUGGUUUAAAAGUUACCUCAGCGAGAGAUACCAAGCAGUACGUAUCAACUCCACUCUAUCUGAGAAAUUGCCAGUGGUUAGUGGUGUCCCACAGGGAAGUAUUCUGGGCCCGUUACUUUUCAGUAUUUAUGUGAAUGAUUUGCCGUCAGUCGCCAAAAAUUGUUCAUCAGAAUCGUACAUUGAUGACACCAAACUCCUUCUGUCCUUCCGAAUCAAUGACUCGAACAUUGUGCUGACUGAUCUAAACGAGGAUUUGAUUAGAGUGCGAAACUGGUGCUUUGAUAAUCUGCUCUUGCUGAAUCCAGACAAAACUAAGUUGAUGGUCUACGGAAGCCGCCAAAUGAUCGCGAAGUUACCUGAUUUUAGACUCUCGCUACUUGGUAAGGAACUUACACCUGCUUCAUCAGUGAAAGAGAUCCAAUCGUCUCCUUCGACAAUCAUAUCCUUUCUACUGUUUCAUCCUGCAAGUCAAGUCUCUGCCAGAUAA